GCCGUGUGGAGGGUGUUGGUGCAGGGCGCUCCUCGCCGGGAGUUGCAGGUCACUGGAGUCAGCGUGAGGUCAAGAGAGGUCACGGCUCAAGUGUAGGGGUCAGACGCGAAACUCGACGGAGGUCAGCGUUUUUUUGUUUUGUUUUGUUUUUAAUCGAGGCGGCAGGUGAAAUCAAAACAGGCAACGGAGACGGACGCCGAAGGUCCUCCGAAGAUUGGCAGAGGUCACUGAAGGUCACCGGAGGCCAUCGCGGGUCGCCAUGAUCGACAGCGACCUCUUCAGCUCGUCGGGUAGCGAGAGCUCCGAUUUCGGCACGUACAGCGAGACGCGGCCUCCACAAGCCAGCUACGACGGCAACUUCUUCGAUCCGACUUCGAGCCUGGGGCUGCAGCAGCUGUCGUUCCUGCCGCCCGCCUUCUACUCGGAGGAGCCACCGCCGCAGUUCCAGUGCCACCCGAUGCCGCAGGAGGCGCCGGAGCGCCGCAGGGCCGGCCGGAGGAGGAACCACAACCCGCCGGCGGUGGAGGUGGUGAAGAAGAGGAGGACGGCCGCCAACGCGCGGGAGAGGAGGAGGAUGCACGGGCUGAACGACGCGUUCGAGAGGUUGAGGGAGGUGGUGCCCUGUCUGGGCAGCGACAAGAAGCUGUCCAAGUUCGAGACGCUGCAGAUGGCGCAGACGUACAUUUCGGCGCUGCAGGAGCUGCUGAAGAGAGGCAGCUAGCUCUUCCGCUGCGGCUCGCCGCGGCCGCGCGGUGCGGGGGGCGAGGUCGUUGGAGCCUGGAACUUGGGGUCUGUCUCGUGACGGACUGUACAUACAUGUCAGGACGCCUUGUGCAAUGAACUUCGUGGCCGUUUGCGGCAGAAUGGACGCGCGCAUCUUGGGGGCGCGGUGCGAGGAUGGGCUUGGCUUUAAACCACGGGAGAUCCACUUUUUGAAGGACUCCCGUCUGGGUAUCAUGAACCCAGCUAAGUUGGGCUGGGCAGGAUAGUGCUGACCGGGCGUGAGAUUAUUCUGUUAUCGAAUUGCGUGCCGUGCGAGUGACGUUGUUAAUAGGUCGGGUAAGCUCUGGCAGUGUGCUCGAGGAUAGAUGACAAACAAAACUCAGAUGAUACUGCUAUGUUCUGUGAUAAUACGCGUGUGUUUUUGACGGAAUGGGUGUAUAGUAAUGUUGAGUGCCUUCAUACGAAGUGCAUAUUUAUAUUUUGUUUUAUUCGUGUAAAUUUUGUCUAUGGUGUAUACCUACUGCUCAAUACACUAUGACCGCAUUAA